AUGUCAAACCUCUGCAAAGAUUUUUGCGAAAUGUUCUCGGGUGAUCCAUUGCGAAAACCUCAGUUUAAUAGCACAAACUUCUCCUUUAAGAUUUUUCUCUGGCGUAAGUGUGUACCUCCUGGUUUCGAUGAACAUGACAUACAGUACAUCUUUCAGAGUCGCAGAAAAUUCGAGGUGGAACGAGAUCGAUUAAUAAAUAAUGAUGCAUCCAAGUCUACCAUUAAAGCUAUGCUUUCUACCAUGUCCAUCCCUGUUAAAGCAUCUCUAGUGGACGAAAUAUUGAUUUAUAUUAAAGAAAUGACCGCCGAUAAUUUUCACACAAGUUUGGAUAUUAACAUAGGGUUGUCUGUUGAUACACCAGUAGAAAUAUUUCCUAGGGAUUAUGGGGUGACAGAUUCAUCAAUUUUGGAGAUAGUUAAAGUUGAAGCAUCAAAAGAACCAUCUAUAUGUGUAAUUUGUUUGGAAGAAGUUGUGUUUGGAUCUCUGGCCACGCGCAUGCCUUGUUCACAUGUUUUUCAUAGUGAUUGCAUUGGUAACUGGCUAAACCAGAGGGAAGUUUGUCCAUUAUGUAGGUUUCAGCUGAACUGA